CAGCUUGCUUGUCCAAAGGAGAAUAUUGACAUGCUGGUUUAUAAUCAUGCUGGAGCUAAGGCUGUUUUUCCCUGAUCAUUGAAGCCACCUGCAGUCCCAAAGGCCACAGUUACCUGCACACUUUCAGAUGGAGAAUCUGUUUUCACACAAAGAAGAAAAAUCCAUUUGCCACCUUUACAAGUGACAAUGAAGACGGAUUUAUCCUCCUGCUGCUCAUCCCUCAUCCCCAGCCGGGACACUGCUCGUUGCUACCUGCUCUUUGUGCUCAUUGCUUUUUACAUGCUGGCUGGUGCUGCCAUAUUUUCUUCCUUGGAGAGACCGGCAGAGCUACAGGCCCACCAGCUCUGGGAAAAGAGGCUGAGGGACUUUGGUCAGGAGCAUAACAUUAGUCAUGAAGACCUGAAAUCUCUGUUGCUCCACUAUGAGGAGGCUAGGACUGCUGGCAUCCGGACAGAACCUGGCAGAGCCCUCUGGGACAUCCCAGGUGCUUUCUACUUUGUGGGAACUGUAGUCUCCACCAUUGGAUUUGGAGUGACGGCCCCAUCCACUGUUACCGGGAAGGUCUUGCUUGUAUUGUAUGGAUUGCUGGGUUGCUCGGCUACCAUUCUCUUCUUCAAUCUCUUCUUGGAGAGAAUCAUAACAUUACUGAGCCUCCUGAUAUUCCGGUGCAACAGAUGGAGAACUGGAUCCGGCGAAGGGGAGGGACGAGGCAGCGAAGGCGAGGCAAAUGAAGACUGGAAACCAUCUGUGUACCAAAUCACACUCAUCCUUUUUGUUGCAGUCCUGCUGGUUGCAUGUGGGGCUGCCACCCUCUAUUCAGCCAUGGAGGGCUGGACUUUCCUGGAAUCGCUCUACUUCUGCUUUGUGGCAUUCAGCACAGUGGGUUUCGGGGAUUUUGUCAGUGGCCAGAGAGAGCACCAUGAGGACACCUGGGCCUACCAGGUUGCAAACUGUCUCCUGAUGCUCUUGGGUGUGUGCUGCACUUACUCCCUCUUUAACACCAUCUCUGUGAUCAUCAAACAGGGACUGAACUGGAUGUUGAGGACACUGGAUUGGAUGUAUAGCAGCAUCUGUCUCUAUAGGCUGCGACUCAGACCACUGUUACAACUCUGUUUCUCUGAAUCUGAGCCGCCUGUAUGUGAUUGUGAAAAAAGCUGCCUUUGUGGUAAAGCUCAAGUGGAAACAGUGUGUAACACAGAUGGGGGAUUCUCUGCAAAACACAAACAAGAAAACUACUCAUCCAAAAAGAAUGUUAUCUGUGCUAGACAAAUUCCCUCAUGGCAGCAGUAAAAUAUGAAAGUAGGUGGUUGUUUUCUCUUCUCAGAAUGGGUUGAAAUGUUGUUUUUUUUAGAUGGCACAGCUUCAAGAUGUGAUAUAAUCUGCUCUGUGUUUUCUUCAACAGCAAACAAAAGGUGUACAACUUAUUUUAUUGGAAGCACUUUCUGUGCCAAGUGGACAAUCCAAUGAUAAUGAGAAUGUCAACCCUGAAGGAGGCAGGCAAUAAAAACAAAGAUCAAGGAAACAACUUAGGAAACACAUGGUUUCCUAAAUUGCUGCAUUAGUAAUACAGUGUUGGGCCCUUCAAAAAUCAGACAAUAACAUUUGUGAAUGAGUUAAAGAUUGUGCAACAGACGUUAUGUAAUAGUCUAACUUCGUCUCUAUGAGUGGGUCACUUGUAAUUGUCUCGUCAUGGUGUGCACUAGUGUCGUGACUGAUAAUGCUGGUGAUAAGCUGCUGAAAUGUUUGUGUGCGAUGCCUGAGCGGUGAUGGCAGGGUGGAGGGUGGUGCAAAACAAUUAGAAUUAGAUGUUUACUUGAUGCUUGUCCAUUCUGCUUUGAUCGUUAUAUUUUCAGCACACUUAUUUUAUCCAUUUUUACCACACACUGAUUUAACAGGAUCUAUACUCUGUGUUUUUUUCUUUCUUUCUACACUGUUUUAUCAGGUCUUAUCUUCUGUUUUAUUCAUGUGUUUGUGGCGUGUGUGCAUUAUUUUAUCAGCACUUUUUCUAACUGCUUUUGAAAAGAGCUAUACAAAAAGUUUAUUAUCAUUAUUAUUAACACCGACCCAUUACUUGGAACACUGGAUUCAUCAUUAGUGAUUAUAUGAAGUUGUAGUGCAAGUUCAGUCAGCAAGACUUUUUCUUUUGCAUGUUUAGGCCGUAGUUUCCUUCUCAUACUGUCGGGUCAUACACUCCUCAUACACCUGCUCACUCAUAAUUUCCUGCUGUCACUGUGUGGGGCUGUCAAUCCAGCUAGAUAUCAGCUGUUCUCACCAGCUUGUCACAUCUAUCCAGUAGCAAAGCAGCAAAUCCAUGUUGUUCCCAUUCGAUCUGCAAGUUUUAUGUCAUGGAUUUUCUUCAGAGGCUGAAACCACUGACAACCAAUGACCAUAUAUUAACUUGUGUUGGUCUGCUGUUCACAGUGGGGUGUCUGUAAAAGUGGAUGACAAACAUCCCUGUAUGAACACUGAUGUCAUUUAUUUUAAGGACAACUUGGAUGCGGAUGAGGAUUUUAUUUUGAAAUAAAUGGAAGAAGAUUAA